AAUACAAGAUGGACGUGGUUUUUUUGUCGUCGUACAAUUACAACUUUUUCAUUAUUUUUAGUAUGUGAAAACGUUUUGAAAAUAACACUAAAAGGCAAAACAACAAGCUAAAGUUCUGGUAAAAAAUCUGCGUUGAAAAUUUCUUUGUAAAAAGCGAAAAAUACAAAUAUUUGGAAGGCGUCGCGUGAAUCGUUCGAUUUUUAUACAAAUUUUUACAUUUGCAUUGCUACGCCUCUGCGGAUUUUUCCAAUCGUGUGUACAUUUGUGCGCGCGUGUGUGUGCCGUUGAAAACGGCAGUUUUUUGUUUGGUGAAAAAUCGAAGUUUGUUACGCCGCUGCAGUGUUUCACCGUCGGAUUGUUUGUAUGUGUGAAAAUUUGUGGCAAUUGCACCAAGAAAUUGGAAAAGUAUGUGCGUCCAAUAAAGUGCAUUUGGUGUCGUUUUGAAUAUUGUGCAAAAUAUUAGUGAACUUAAAAGCAUAAUCUGCAUAAACCCACGCUGUGCCAAGAUAUAAUUUGCAAAGGGCUCAUAGAAGUGAAACAAAAUUGGUCCAGUCAAAUUACAAGGACGGUUGAGCAAAAGCAGCUGUUCAUCGCAAGCAUAUACAUAGCAAAGCAGUCCGUUUGGUUUUUACGUCUAGCGGAAAAUUAACAACAAAAACGUGAAAGGGUGGAGUUAAAAGAAACGACGUUGCAACUGAAGCAACCAACAGCGACAUCGCAAGUGAAGCAAGUGACAUCACAAACACAGAAAAAGCUAACAACAAGAAAGCAUUAGGAAAAGAUUUAUUUAACCCUUCUGCAGCAAAACAACACAAAAAUAAAAAUACUGUCAAACAUUGCACGUCAACAUUAUCACCACCACCAACCGCAUCUCCAGCUUUCAACAUUCAUCUCAUUUAAUUUUUGGCAAAUCAAUAAAAUCCUUUAAUUGCCAACAUCAUGACUGAGGAUACAGAAUACAAGAAAUUACCGGUAGACGAGCGUUGCGUGCACAAAUUGUGGAAGGCACGCGUCGAUGGCUAUGAGGAAGCAGCCAAAAUUUUUCGUGAAAUUGACGAUGAAAAAUCACCAGAAUGGAUGAAAUUCUUAGGCCUCAUAAAAAAGAUGGUCGUCGACUCGAAUGUUGUUGCACAGGAAAAGGGUCUUGAGGCGGCAUUGAUAUUUGUUGAGAAUUGCGGUCAAGCCGGCAAGACAGUGGGCGAUGUUAUGGCUGGCAUUGUGCAGAAAUGCAUUGCUGCGCCCAAAGCCAAAACUAAAGAUUUGGCAGUGCAGAUAACGCUCAUGUAUAUUGAAAUAGAGAAGCAAGAGGCCGUCAUAGAGGAGCUUGUGAAGGGUAUGGAGCAUAAGAAUCCGAAAAUUGUUGCUGCCUGCGUGUCGGCCACAACAUUGGCACUACGUGAUUUUGGCAAUAAAGUUGUGAGCGUUAAACCGAUGAUUAAGAAAUUGGCACCGUUGAUGAGCGAUCGUGAUAAGACAGUGCGCGAUGAAGGCAAACAGUUGGCAAUUGAGAUUUAUCGCUGGAUUGGCGCCGCCAUGAAACCACAAAUCACCUCAUUGCCGCAGGUCACACUCAAAGAGCUAGAGGAUGAAUUUGACAAACUCAAAGGAGAGAAGGCUGAACCAAUAAGAUAUUUAAAAUCGCAGCAGGAAAAACAACAACAGAUUUCUGCUGCUGCUGCCGAGCACGAUGAAGCAGGCGACGAUGAAGAUGGCGAGGGUGAAGAGGCCAUUGAUCCUAUGGAUCUCAUCGAUCCAGUUGAUAUACUCUCAAAGAUGCCUAAAGAUUUCUAUGAUAAAUUGGAGGAGAAGAAGUGGACGUUGCGCAAGGAAUCCUUGGAAGCACUCGAGAAGCUUUUGACAGAGAAUCCAAAAUUGGAGAAUGGCGAAUAUGGCGUGUUGGUCAGUACACUAAAGAAAGUCAUCACAAAAGACACCAAUGUGGUGUUGGUUGCAAUGGCCGGAAAGUGUCUGGCGAUGUUGGCCAAUGGAUUGGGCAAGCGUUUUGGCACCUAUGCAAUGGCCUGCGUUCCCUCUCUACUGGAGAAAUUCAAAGAGAAGAAGGCAAAUGUUGUUGCUGCGCUGCGCGAGUCCAUGGACGCUAUCUAUCCAUCCACGAAUUUGGAAGCCAUGCAGGAGUGCAUCGUCGAGUCGUUGGGCAACAAAAAUCCUAACGUCAAAUCUGAGACAGCUUUCUUCCUUGCGCGUGCAUUUGCGCGCACUCAGCCUACUGCGCUAAAUAAGAAACUGCUCAAACUCUAUGUGACCACACUAAUAAAGACGUUAAAUGAACCCGAUCCUACUGUACGUGACGCCUCAGCAGAAGCUUUAGGCACUCUACUCAAACUAAUGGGAGAAAAAUCUGUUGGACCUUUCCUAAUUGAAGUCGAUGCUCUUAAAAUGGCAAAAAUUAAGGAAUGCCAGGAGAAGGCUGAGAUUAAGAUAAAAGUGGUAGGCGUGAAGAAGGAACGCCCUGCUACUGCGCCGGCGUCAAAAACAUCUGUGGCAGCCGCCUCAUCAGCUGGUAAUGUUGGUUCAGGUGCAUCGUCUCGCAGCGGCUCCACUGAACCGAAAUCCGUGUCGCGUCCUGCUACGGCUGGCGGCAAAAAGUCGGGUGUUAAACGCGUAGCAGGCGGUGGCAGUGCAGCACCACUUUCCAAAUCCGCUAGCAGCGCCAAAGUGUUGGCCACUGAGCGCGAGCUGCCUUUGGAAGAAGUGCAGGCCAAGGCUGAGGAAUUGCUGCCGCCAGAUGUGCUCUCCGGUUUGAUAGAUACGAAUUGGAAGAAUCGUUUAGCAGCUUGUGAGAAUCUCUUGCAAACUAUAGGUGACUUUGACGCCAAGCAAACUGGAUUGUCGCAGACACUUGUCCGUACGGUUAGUGCACGCAAGCCGGGCUUAAAGGAGAUGAAUUUCCAAGUGCUGAAGCAUAAACUUGACAUCAUUCGCAUUGUUGCUGAAACUUACCCGCUUACAACAACCACAACUGAUCUUGUUGUCAAUGAAGUGACCGAAAAGUUGGCCGACAUUAAAAAUGGCGCCACAGCCGCUGAUGUACUCACCGCCUUUGCUGAAGCCACCAAGCUGGAGCACAUUGUAGGACGCGUACUUACCUUCGCCUUUGAUCAGAAGUCGCCGAAAGUGCAGUCCGAAGCUUUGAAUUGGGUAAGCAAGGCUAUACUGGAAUUCGGUUUUCAAUUACAACCCAAGCUGCUGCUCGAAGACGUGCGCAAAGCAGUGCAAAGCACAAAUCCUACUGUGCGUGGUGCUGCUAUUUGCCUGCUCGGUACCAUGUCCUUGUAUAUGGGCAGCACACUAAUGAUGUUCUUUGAAAAUGAGAAGCCCGCCUUAAAGUCACAAAUUCAAACUGAGUUGGAUAAGAGUGCUGGCGAAAAGCCACCAAAACCAGUGCGUGGCGUUAAGAAGUCAGCUGGCAACGCAGGCGGUGCCGCAGUUGAUGCCGAGGACGACGCCUGUGAUGAGGAUGAGGCGCAGGAGCAAAUGAAUUUGGCUGAUAUGUUGCCGCGCAUUGACAUUGCACCGCAAAUUACCGAGACGCUCUUGAAGGAGAUGUCCGACAAAGACUGGAAGACACGCAAUGAAGGCCUAAAUAAACUGCAAACCAUUAUUCUUGAAGCUAAAUUGAUUAAGCCCACAAUUGGCGAUUUAGCGCCGGCACUUGCGCAUCGCCUGCUCGAUUCGAAUGCAAAAAUCGCGCAAACCGCCAUGUCUAUUUGCGAGCAGCUAGCCAAUGCCAUGGGCUCGAGCUGUAAGAAUCAUGUUCGAACAUUAUUUCCCGGUUUCCUGCACGCGCUGGGCGACAACAAGCCUGCUGUGCGCGCCGCUGCCCUGAGUUGCAUUAACAGUUUCGGCGAGAAGGGUGGCUACAAAGAGUUCUUUGAGAGCGAAAUGAUUGCUGAUGCACUGAAGACUGGUUCGCCCGCGCUCAAAUCGGAGCUAUGGGGUUGGCUGGCCGAGCGUAUGCCUCAAAUGCCACCAAAAUCGAUAUCCAAAGAGGAGUUAACCUCGAUGGUACCACACUUGUAUGCGCACAUCUGUGAUCGCAAUGUAGACGUGCGCAAAAAUGCAAACGAAGCCGUUUUAGGCAUAAUGAUACACCUCGGUUUCGAGAGUAUGGUCAAAGCGCUCGAUAAACAGAAACCCGCCUCAAAGAAGGAUAUACAGGCAGCAUUGGAUAAGGCACGUCCGAAUCUUCCAAUGAAACCGUUGCCUAAAGGCAAGCAGCAAGCGCCAAUUGAAGAGCCGACAAAGAAAGUAGUGCGUGGCGGCGGCGGUGGCGCGCAAAAGAAUGCUGCAGCCAAGGGCGGCGCUGCUGGUGCUGGUGAUAAAACCGGCGCCGCUUCGUCACGCAAAAAGGAGGAAGAUGUUGACACAUCGCCGUUGCUGGCAGUCAAUAAUUCUAAAAAUCAACGGUUGAUUGAUGAACAGAAAAUGCGCGUACUCAAGUGGACAUUCACAACGCCACGCGAGGAGUUCAUCGAGCUUUUACGCGAGCAAAUGACCACGGCCAAUGUAAACAAAGGACUAAUGGCCAACAUGUUUCACGAUGACUUUAGGUACCAUUUGAAAGUUAUCGAGGCUUUGAACGAAGAUUUGCCCAACAACAACAAGGCAUUGGUCUGCAAUCUGGAUUUAAUAUUAAAAUGGCUCUCGCUGCGUUUUUACGAUACGAAUCCUUCGGUUUUGCUGAAGGGUCUCGAGUAUCUCAAUCUGGUUUUCCAGACAUUGGUCGAAACGGAGUACAUACUCGCUGAAAACGAAGGUAGCGCAUUCAUACCACAUCUGCUACUGAAGCUCGGUGAUCCCAAAGAUGCUGUGCGCGUUGGUGUGCGGUCGCUUCUACGUCAAAUACUACUCGUCUACCCCUAUACCAAAGUAUUUGUGUACGUUAUGGAUGGACUUAAAUCAAAGAACGCCCGUCAACGUACCGAAUGCUUAGAUGAGCUUGGCUAUUUGAUUGAAAACUAUGGCUUAACGGUAUGUCAGCCGUCACAACAGGUAGCAUUGAAGGAGAUUGCGCGUCACAUUUCCGAUCGUGACAACUCUGUGCGCAAUGCGGCAUUGAAUUGUGUAGUGCAGGCAUAUUUCUUGGCUGGCGAAAAGGUCUAUAAGCUAAUUGGUCAAUUGAAUGAGAAAGAUCUGUCCAUGUUGGAUGAGCGUAUAAAGCGCGCUAAGAAAACGCGUAAACCAGCACCAGCUGCGGCAGACACUACAACAGCGCUUGUUGGUGUUGGUGGCGGCGCUAAAACAAGUGCGCAGGUGGUGCAACAGGAUAGCAUAGAAAUCGAUGAGCCGGCAACGAAUGGCGCAUGCGAUGAGCUGCCACCGCCAGACGAGCAGCCAACGCCGGCAGCAAGUGUGCAAUUGCAAUCGAAUGCGAAUGAAGCAAAUGCCAGUACGGAAGCAAAAGACAAGCGCGCCUCUUCGCUCAUAAGACAAGCAACUUUCGAUCAGCCUGCAACUACACAAUACCUAUAUCAACCGUCGAAACCGAGCGGCCCCUUCGGCCUUGACCCCGAUGUUAUAUCCGAAAUAGAAAAGGGUUGGGUGCGUGUCGAUCAAAUGCAAUCGGUGGAAGUGCCGCGUGUCGAUGUGUCAUUGCUCUUCGAACCCAUCAAGAUCAUACCGACACGCGACGGUGUACAAUAUCCGCAGGAGAAAUUCGAGCAACUUAUUUCGCGUUCGCACUAUAUGCAACAGGCAGUGCACAAUACACCGCCACCACCAUCGGCUGCGUCGAGCGGCGGUAUUGGAUCGCCUUACAUGAGUCCACAACAGCAUUUGCAUCAUCAGCAGCAGUUGAAUGCGGCCGUUUAUGGUAGUGGUGGUGGCGGUGGUGGCGGUGUCAGUUGUGGCAGCAGUGGCACGAACAUUGUUGAUGUUCUACCCAAACAUGAUCCUCAACUUAUUAAAAUGAUCAAAGCAAUCAGCAGCGCUGACACCUUAAAAGCACGUGCUGCGAUUAGUGAACUUGCCGAAAUAAUUGAUUCACCCGAGAAGCAGGCUGUACUACGCGACUAUGAGGAGAUUUUCAUACAAAAUGUGCUCGCACAGUUCAAGAAUCUAUCACAGGUGCCCAUCACCGAAUCGCUUGUCGUCUAUCAACCGCUACUCUCCAUACUCUACUCAUUUUUCCACUCCAAGACAUUAGGUAAAACGUUGAGCGUUGCCUACAUCAAAAAUUUAAUGUCUGCGCUGCUGAAUCUUAUGGCCGAUCAAAAGCUGAAUACAGGCGACGAUGGUCAAUACAAUAAAGUCAUCAAUGGCAUUUGCUUAAAGGUGUUAGACAAAGCGAAUUUUACGAAUUUAAAUUGCGCGCUAAUACGUCUUUUGCGCGAAACCUGUCCGGAGGCUGGCUUGCCGAAAUUCACCGAUCUGCUAAUGAAAUGCAUUUGGCGUAAUGUUAAAAUGUUGCCUGAACGCACCAAUGAACUGAACUAUGACGCUGUCAUAUUAGAAGUGCACGAAUUUAUGUUGGCUUUACCGAGUAGUUGGUGGCAAACGCGUCCAUCUGACACGCCAUUACGUACCGUCAAAACGAUUAUUCAUAAUAUGGCCAAAGUGAAGGGCAAUGCCAUACUGAAUCAUCUCAAUCAGAUACCAACACAUUCAGAGUUGCAUACAUACUUGAUAAAGAUAUUGAAGAAUUUGGCCAAAGAGGGUCACAUACCGAGCGCUUCACCACAACGUUCUGGCUCGGCUAAGGACGUGCAUGGCAAGCGCAUCUCUAAUCAAACGCAUGAAACAAUGUCACAGAUAUUCAAAUUAAUCUCAGAUAAGGAAACAAAGCAGCAGGGUCUGCUGAAACUCUAUGAAUUUAAGGUACAAAAUCCCGAUAUUGAUUUGACGACGUUCCUUAAAGGCGCCAGCCCCAGUUUUCAGAAAUACAUCGAAGAUGGUUUAGCUGAAAUUGAACGUGCUGUAGCCCAAUCUGGCGAUGCGGGCAAUGGUUUGCAGUGCACGCAAAAUGGUGAUAAUCGUAUAGCCUCAUCACGAUUCUCUUAUCUAACAGAUGCCAAUUUCCAACAUCAAACCACCGCUGCUAGCGGUUUGGGCUGCAGUAGUGGCGGUAGCGCAGGCGGUGUCAAGACAGCGGAUCCCGAUUUUUGGAUGGAUCGCUUAAAUCAUCUCCUUUCGAAGGCAAAUCUCGGACGCAACGCUGACGGCAUGAGUGGCACGCACUCAAUGCUCAUGGACAAUAAAGUGGCAGAUGAAAAUCUGAAUUUAAAUACAAUGAACGCGCAACAGAAGAUGUCUUCGCUUAUACGAAGAGAUGCGAGUAAACCAGAGUUGUCGCCAAAUCGCCUGCAGCACUUACAAGCCAAGUUAGCGGUUUACAAGAAGGAAAAUCACGCUUAGGUGGGAGAAAGCAUGUGGGGAUAUUACUUAUAGGCAGUCAUACAUACAUAGGUUGAAUAUGAAAGCGGCAAGUUGGCGAUAGAGCGCGGUAGCUAGUGUUUCCGUUGGCGAAAAAGCAUUGUUUAGCGGCAUCAAAACAAAAAGCAGAAAACAAACAAAAAGGCAAAUGCAGAGUGGCAAUUAAUUUGCAAUAUUUGAAGCGCUACCAGCAAACGCUGAAGGUAGUAAAAGAAAAGCGCGAAAAAAGUAAAACAUAAAAGUAGAAGAAACAUCAUAUUUAAAUGAUGUAAACUAGCAUAACAGCAGCAACUACAACAACAAUAAGCAAACCUAUAUACGAAAAUAUAAAUAAGUUUAAUUAGCAUGGAAAAAAGUAGCAGCACCAGCAGGACAUGCCACAGAACGAAUGCAAACACGCGUUAAAAUCUAAUAGAAGCUUAUCGUCGGUUUGCGUUAAAAGCUGAUGAUAGACCACUGGUGGGGAAAGCGGAGUAAACAAGCUGCAAG